AUGGCCACCUACCAGUCAUCUGCGGCGGGAGUGGUUUGGAGGUCUGCGGUCUGUGUCAGCACCAUCAGACAACCACACUUAGCCAUGAAACUGCUUACAUUGGCCAAGAGAAAGGCCACGCAAGAAAACAAGCUCAAGCAGCAGCUACAGAGCCAGCCAACAUCCACACGGGCUGCAGGUGCUGGUGGCUCGUCGUCCACCAUGCUGAAGAUUUACACCGACGAGUCGCAGGGCUUCAAGAUCGAUCCGCUCGUCGUGCUUGUUCUGGCUGUUUCCUUCAUCUUCUCGGUUGUCCUGUUGCACGUGCUGGCAAAGCUGACCGGCAAGUUUUUCUAG